AUGCUGGAUGAGCUGGGUAUAUCUCCACCCCAAGGUUUUGCCAAGCGGCUGAAGGAGCUCAAAGGGCUCAUCGAGGUAAGCCUGAAGGACCUCCUGCCCAGCACCCCCCCUGAUGAAGUGCUGGCCAAGGCGUCUGAGGUUGCCGUCCGGAUGAUGGUGGAUGAUUCUGCCCAAAGUGGUGCCCUGUCGGGGAUGCCCUUCGUUGAGAUUCCUGUGGAAGGGGGUGACCAGCCAGAGGGUAAUCGUGCCCAGAGGGACUGGCAAGACGUGGCGGAAACCAUAUGUGGAGACAGGGAUGCAACAGCAAAUACAAUUCAAAAGGUCACCUUGUUGGCCAUGGACGUGCUCAACAAAGCAGGUGCAAACAUGUUAACAAGCGAUGGCAUUGGGGGACAACUCCCAAAUGUGAAUGAGGCCGAGGAUUUUGUUUGGCAAUUUGCUCCCCAAGGGAAACAAAGUGAUACAGCACCCCAAUUCAAGAACUGGCAAAAGAUGGCUGAGGAGCACCUGACCCUGUUCCUGGCCUUAAAAGACCCUGAAGAUAGGAAGGCAUUCCUGGAGGAAAGGAAGCGAAAGCGACAGGAUGCAGACAGAUCCAUAAUGGAUCACAAUUUGGCUGUGGAGUCCCGCAACAGGGACAUUGCCAGAAAAUACAUGAAGCCAUCCAGGGGCGUGGGCCAAAAGGACACCAACAAGAAGAAGGCCUUGGAUGCAUUGAAGCCGUCCCGUGCUGCCCGAUCGUCUGCUCUGACCGGGGCCUCCUUUGGCCCACAGGCGCCGCCCCAACAACUGCAGCCCCAUCCCGCAGUCGCCCGUGCGCCGACCUCUCACAGGGCGUCCGUGGAUCGGGCACAGUCAGGGGCCUGUGGUAAUGGGCAUGGUCAGGCCUGCCGCCCCGGGACCUCAGCCUCUGCCUCACAGCGAACGACAGCCAGUCGGGGGCGCGGGACAGGGCGGGGCCGGCCAAGAAGUCUGUUUCCUGGAUGUCAGGCUGUCAGUGCAAUGGACACGGAUUCGGAUGGUUGUGGGGGCGACGAGGCCUUCAUGGACGGCAUGCACCUUGCCAGUGUCUCCAAUUGGGAUCCAGACAUUCCCAAUUUCAGCGCUUCAAGGCUGGCCGCCCAGGGCGAGUCCGACGUCACCGUCAGCGACCCUAACCGGUCCCUUGGGGCCCGUCCCCGCCUGCGCUGCCCCGACGAGGGCACCAGCCGGGCCCACGCCGCCGCCAGCGCCAGCGACCGCACCUCCCUGCCGCCCAAGAAGCAGGCCAAGUUCCGCGACGGCUCAACGCCGGGCCCCAGCAACAGCGGACCCCCCGGCCCAUGCAACAGCGGCCCCCCGGAUUCGCAACACGGCUACGUGGUCGUCACCGACAUCGACGAGCUGAGGGCACGCUGCGGGCAGCCCUCCGGUCAAAGGGAUGACUCAUCGGGACGCGCCGAACGGCCCGGGGUGCGGAAUGCGGACACGGCGACUAGCCCUCAGUCACGGCUGGGCCCGGGGGCCCGCGGUGAUCGGCGCGAUGAUGAGGUGCCGUCGAGGACGUGUUCCUUGGGCGGGGCGCAGAGCGGGCCAUCGCGGGGCGGGGGUGGCGGGGGGGAGGGAGCCAGGCGGGUGAGGGUGCGGCCGGGCAGCGGGAGGGCGCAUCCCGGCAGGGGGAGGCAGGCAUGGGAGGCGGGGGACCGGGAGGCGGCGCCGGCGGUGAAGAGCGAGCCGAUGGAGGGAAUGGCGGGUGUUCGAGUGAAGGGGGAGGGGCCGUGA